CCUCUAAACUGAAUUUCCUUUAGUUUUUCAAGCUGUUUCAGUCACCAAAACCUUAAUUUAUUUGUAAUAUUUUUUGUUAAAACUCGGAGGAAAAAGAAAUUAGAAAUGCUUGCCGACAAUGUUUAAAUGUGACCGCUUCUAAAACUCAAAAUGUCAGCGGUUGUGCGACACGGGGCAAUUUUACUUCAUCGCCUCGUCUCUUCGUGAAACCUCGUCGAUGAUCUCGCGAAUGCGCCAUCUUGAUCUCCACUUAAUUCAAAUCGAGCCGUACGUUUUAAUAAACAUGGAACAUUUGAACGAUAUUUUGCGGCCGCACGUACGAGCCAGCAAAGUUAGGCUGUCAUAUGUGGACGAAUUAUUUCCGGACCUCAAGGAUAAUCCGUAUAUGAUCCUUCACAAAAACUGAUCUGCCUCAGGUAUCUGGCAUGCGAUACCCCUCGGACCACGAGAAGAACAACGGAAGCUUCGACGAGUAUUCGCAGAGACACGACGUCAGCGGUUCGCCCCUGGAGUAUUCGUUCGACGACUGCGAGCUUAACGACACCGUCGUUAUAGCGAGACAGAAUUGGCGGAAGGAAGAGGAGCUGUAUCUGCCGCUGAGCAGAACGGACGCAUGUAACGCACUGAACGCAUGUCUGGAAAAGCUUGACGGUAAUACUUUACCAAUAUUAGCUCUCUGCGAUGGAAAAGAUCCUAAGCUGGCCAGGCUCAUUGGCGCGGUUGUCUCCCGAGAUUGGUUCACCACGCUGGAAGCUGUUUCUACUGGUGCGAUAAGUUUGGCCUCAGUAAGACACGAGUGUCACAAAGUUGUACAGGAACAUCUUAAACAGCCGUUUACACAAAAACACAAUAUUAAAGUAUCUAUGUUCAGUACUAUCGACUUGUUUGGAAUGAAACAAGAAACGAUCGAUUGGGACAAGACCACGAGAAGCGAUUACGAGGGAAGCAUUAACAUCGAGACGCAUUCGGGUAGCUUGGAUUCAAAGCUGUCGAAAAAUACUUUGACAGCUCAAAUAAAUGCCGGAUGGAAGGAUAGCCCGAUGAAAGAACUGAGAGAUCAGUUAUUGUUAUUAGUCCAGUAUUUAUCAGCGAUAGAUGAGUACAGGAAAAAUAUCGGGCUGCAAGACCCGAUAAAAUUCACAACGCCGUAUUCAGAGGAACACAACGUCAUAACUGAAAAAUUGAAUCUUUUGCUGAAUGGAGAUUUCGACUUUCGAAAGUCUGGUAACGUUAAGGAGAGCAAUCGCAUCGACAAGGAAAGUGCUGGAAUUGAUGCGAAAUUGCAGGAACGUGUGCAAAAUGUUUUUCUGAGACACGAUAUGGAUUUUACCGAUUUCUUGUGGGAAAUACUUAUAAAGGCUUCAGCAUAUCCGCAAAUGAUAAACUACGUUGAAACAGUUUUGAUAGAAAUUCUCGAGCAUAAGUUUACACCACAGAUCAACGAUACAAACUCAACGAGAUUCGUGAAGUGUAUUUCCAAUUUGCAUCGUCAAGAAACGACCUCUCAUUUGUUAGUGGGAAGUGUACCGUUAGAACUUGUCGUAGACAUGGGAUUCGAGAAGCUUAUUCGCGAUUACUUACACAUCUUGAGAGGAGCGCGAUUUGUCGAUCUACAUGAGAUUCGGCAGAGACUGAGGGAUAUAUCUUCGGCAACAUUUAACACAGAGAAUUAUAGGAAUAAGUUGAAUAUGUUAGCGCAAAUUCACAUCUGUUUGGAAUGCAUGUUACUUAUUGAAGGGCAUCUGGAAUGUCCGAUUGAGAACUUGCAAAGUCUAUUUGCUUGUGCCUACAAGGAAUUCGUUUCUGCGCAAUCUCCCUUACAGCAUCAUACUGAACUUUGCAGCCAAAUUUUCACCUUCACGAUGUCGCUACCCAACGCGCUAGCUAAUGAGUUAAACAAGAUGAAUCCCUCGGUAUGGAGAGCAUCUGUUUCCUCUCAUUCUGCCGCGUCGAUGCUAACGACUACCACCUAUUAUAACAAAGUGCCUAUUUUUCCAACAAAUAUAUAUCUUACUGAGAGCGAAGAGGAUGUAGAGGAAGAAAUGGUUUACGGUAUAAGCGCAAUAUCGUCUUCGGCGAGACGCAAGAAACUAUGAAACGCAACGCUCUCGAACUUCAGGACACCAAUCGAAAUUUUAGAAUCGGUGUAACUGUGAAUAAACGGGACAUAGUGCGUGGAUGUAAUUGAACGUUUAAUAAUUAAUAAAAUAAAAGUUAUAAAAGCAA